AUGAGUUCCGAAGGUGAAAAGGUCCGCACGUCGGGCGAGGUUUCUCGCUCGGAGCCUACUCUGCCCACUGUCAACCCGGCUGCUCAGAAGCCGGAGCCUCCUAAGCCGGCCUUGCAUCCCGCUUUCUAUGUGAGUUCGAGUGUCAUUCUCUUCAACAAACAUCUCCUCGACUAUGCGAAUUUCCCGAUCGUCCUCACAACAUGGCAUUUGGCUUUUGCGACCCUGAUGACCCAGAUCCUGGCCCGCACGACCACUCUGCUUGACGGCCGUAAGACUGUCAAGAUGACGGGUCGUGUCUACCUCCGUGCUAUCGUGCCUAUCGGUCUCUUCUUCAGCUUGAGCUUGAUCUGUGGCAAUGUGACAUACCUUUAUCUCAGUGUUGCUUUUAUUCAGAUGCUUAAGGCUACCACGCCAGUUGCUGUCCUGUUCGCGACGUGGGGUCUGGGUAUGGCUCCAGUGAACUUCAAAGUUCUUAUCAAUGUGUCCGUCAUCGUCAUUGGUGUCGUCAUUGCCUCCUUUGGCGAGAUUAAAUUCGUCUUCAUCGGUUUCCUCUUCCAGAUUGGUGGUAUUGUCUUCGAGGCCGUUCGUCUGGUCAUGGUGCAGCGUCUGUUGAGUUCUGCCGAGUUCAAGAUGGACCCUCUGGUCUCGUUGUACUACUUUGCCCCAGUCUGCGCUGUCAUGAAUGGCAUCACGGCUCUCUUCUUGGAAGUGCCUAACAUGACUAUGGAGAACAUUUACAAUGUGGGCGUUCUGACUCUGAUUGCCAACGCCAUGGUCGCUUUCUUGCUGAACGUCUCCGUUGUUUUCCUGAUUGGCAAGACUUCCUCCCUCGUGAUGACUCUCUGCGGUGUCCUGAAGGAUAUCCUUCUGGUUGCGGCUUCGAUGAUCAUCUGGCACACCCCUGUCACUGCCACUCAGUUUUUCGGUUACUCCAUCGCCCUGGCUGGUCUGGUUUACUACAAGCUCGGCGGUGACAAGAUCAGGGAAUACACGAGCCAGGCUAACCGCUCCUGGGCCGAGUAUGGCUCCAAGCACCCGGCUCAGCGCAAGGCGAUCAUCAUUGGUGCCGUUCUUCUUGGCUUCUUCCUUUUCAUUGGUGCGCUUGCACCUAGCUAUGCCCCGGAGUCCAUUGACAAGGUGAAGGGCGUGCUUGGUGGCGCGACCGCAGGCAACGCCUAA